AGGAGGAGGAAGAGGAGGAUGAGCGCAGGGGCGCUCCAGGGAAGGAGGCAGAGCUCACCCAGCAGCGCCCCGGUAGAGAUGAACCGGACCCCCCCGGCCCCCCAGCAGCCCAUCCCGGUCUCCUCCAGGCCCAGGACAUCCUUCCUCAUCCAAGACAUCCUCCGGGAUGGGGCAGAGCGAGGAGCACGGCUGGACAGGGGCAGGAGCAGAGGGUUUGGCAGCCCCGGGAAUGGGGAGAUGGGAGCGGCCCCGGCCGAGGGCAGGGAGGGGAACUCGGCCCCCGGCAACAAACCCAGGAGCCCCCACCCCACGGGAGCAUCCCACGGCACGGGGACACCCCGGGAAGUGGACACAGAUUCCACGGUGGAGAGUUACCUGGCGGGGUGUGAUCCCCCCCUGCCCGCAUCCCCUCGCCCCCCCAAGCCCCCCAAGCGCUCCCGGGCCGCCUUCUCCCACAGCCAGGUGAUCGAGCUGGAGAGGAAAUUCAGCCACCAGAAGUACCUGUCAGCCCCGGAGAGAGCCCACCUGGCCAAGAACCUGCAGCUCACCGAGACCCAGGUGAAGAUCUGGUUCCAGAACCGCAGGUACAAGACCAAGAGGAAACAGGGGAUGGCCCGGCCGGACUCUUCCCUGGGGGGGCACAAAGGGGCAGAGCUGCCGGGGGCAUCGCUGCUGGCCCUCAGGGCAGCCUGGCCCUACCUGCCCUGCCUCUACUACCUGCACGGCUGGAGCCCCUCCUGGUAGCAACAGCUUCUUUUUUUUUU